AAAAAGACCAUAGGGAAGAAUUUACUAUUCACAGCCAAACAGGCCCUACGGAGUAAAAAGCAUCACUCAGCACUGCCCAAAACGAUACUUGGCAACAGAGGAACCCGCGAAAAUCACAAACCAUAAGAAUCAAAAAAACCAAGCGCUCAAUUUUCAGAGCAAAGAAUUUAAGCGCCCUGGCACGAAAUGGAUCGAAUCGAAGCGGCAAACGAGCUCGCUUUCCGGGUCCGGUUCUCCGGCCACAGUGGCCAUCUCAGGGUGGAGCCCAUCUCAACGGUCGAGCGCUCCGACCCCGUUAAGUCGCUUCCCGAUUUCAUUUUGCCGCCCGCAUUUCCUAGGGAAACACCCGAGUCAAUUAAAGCGUAUAUAGAAGAGACGUAUCUCUUGCCAAGAUUAGACCCUGAAGAGUUUUCACCUGAAAAAGCUGGAAGGCAGUGGGAUUUUGAUUGGUUUGAAGAGGCAAAAGUACCUUUAGAGCCAUCAUUACCACGUUCUGUUGUGAUUCCUACAUGGGAAUUACCAUUUAGACGCCAGAAGAAGGGGUCAAUGCUAGAAAAAUGGGAACCCAAAUCUGUUGAGGUGGAUGUAUCAGAACUAAUGCUUGCAUCUCAAGACUCUGGGUCUUUGACACGUGCAACUGGACCUGCAAAGGAUCUCGUCAGGGGAAGCAUCAACAACCGCCCUUUUCGUCCAGGAGGUUUGGAUGAUUCCCAAUCUUUAGAAAGGAGUCGUCCUGAAGGUGCUUCAAAUGGUGAAUGGGUACGUGAAGUUAUGAAUGGUGGCCCUGCACAGACCAGUGUUCCAAGCUUGAAGAAAGGAUUGGACCUUGGCAAUCUCAAGGCUUAUCCAUGCUCAUGGAAUGUUUAUAAGGACCGAAGUUCGCUUAAGAGCACAUCAGAUGAAAAGCUGGGGGAGUUAUCUGUACAGUUUGAUGACUUGUUCACGAAGGCUUGGGAAGAGGAUGUUGUUCCUGAAUCUGAGGUAGAUGGAACAUUGUCGGAAGCGGAGUCUGUUAAGUCAGAAGCUGAAGCAAAUGAGGCUGAUGUGUCCGGCAGUGCAAAUGAGCCUGAUGUGUCCAGUGGUGCAAAUGAGCCUGAGUUAUCUCUAUUGGAUGAUAUCUUGUCGGUAGAAUCAGGAGGAUCAGCAUCAAUAUUGGAUGGGAUUAGUGAUGGUGCUGGACAGCAGCAGCGGGAGGCCUGGGCUAUUAUUGGAGGUAGUGAAGGGAUUGCAGAGCGCUUCCAUGAACUUGUUCCUGAUAUGGCAUUAGAAUUUCCUUUUGAAUUGGAUAAAUUCCAGAAAGAGGCUAUAUAUUAUCUUGAAAAGGGAGAUUCUGUUUUUGUGGCUGCACAUACAUCAGCUGGAAAGACAGUCGUUGCAGAAUAUGCGUUCGCUUUGGCAUCGAAACAUUGCACGAGAGCUGUAUAUACUGCACCUAUUAAAACCAUCAGCAAUCAAAAAUAUAGGGAUUUCUCUGGGAAAUUUGACGUUGGACUUCUCACUGGUGAUGUUAGCUUGAGGCCAGAGGCUUCUUGUCUAAUCAUGACCACUGAGAUAUUAAGGUCAAUGCUUUACCGGGGUGCAGAUAUUAUACGUGAUAUUGAAUGGGUUAUAUUUGAUGAGGUGCACUAUGUCAAUGAUAUCGAAAGAGGCGUUGUUUGGGAAGAAGUUAUAAUCAUGCUUCCAAGACAUAUUAAUUUUGUUCUCCUUUCGGCUACGGUACCAAACACCUUUGAAUUUGCUGACUGGAUUGGUCGAACAAAGCAAAAGGAAAUUCGGGUAACUGGGACUUCGAAAAGACCAGUACCAUUGGAGCACUGCCUAUUUUAUUCUGGAGAACUUUACAAAAUAUGUGAAAGUGAAAAAUUUAUGCCUCAGGGAUUGAAAGCUGUUAAAGAUGCAUUCAAGAAAAAGAAUUUGACUGCCUUUGGUGGUGGUCGUGGAUCUUAUGCUGGUUCCUCAGCUGCUCAUGAUGCGCGUCAAUCUCAGAGACAUGAAUUCUCUAAUCGGGGAAAACAGAAUAAGCAUUCUGGGACUGGUGGGGGGAAUCAAAACAAUGGAAACAGCCAGAAUAAUUGGGGAUCAAGGAGAUCAGAAUCUUCUUUGUGGUUGUUGCUUAUUAACAACCUAUCAAAGAAAUCACUAUUACCUGUGGUUAUAUUUUGUUUCUCAAAGAAUCGCUGCGAUAAAUCAGCUGAUGGUAUGUAUGGGACUGACCUCACUAGUAGUUCUGAGAAAAGUGAGAUUCGUGUUUUCUGUGACAAAGCAUUUUCAAGACUGAAGGGAUCUGACAGGAAUUUGCCACAGAUUCUCAGAGUACAAAGCCUACUUCAUAGAGGGAUUGGUGUCCAUCAUGCAGGGCUGCUCCCAAUUGUUAAGGAAGUUGUUGAAAUGCUUUUUUGUCGUGGUGUAAUCAAGGUUCUAUUUUCAACAGAGACAUUUGCAAUGGGGGUUAAUGCUCCUGCUCGAACGGUUGUUUUUGAUACUUUAAGGAAGUUUGAUGGCAGGGAAUUUAGACAAUUACUGCCAGGAGAAUACACUCAAAUGGCAGGUCGUGCUGGCAGAAGAGGACUUGAUAAAAUCGGUACAGUUGUUGUUAUGUGUCGUGAUGAAAUCCCAGACGAGAGCGAUUUGAACAAUGUUAUAGUUGGAAGUGCAACUAGGCUUGAGUCUCAGUUUCGGCUGACCUAUAUCAUGAUCCUGCAUCUUCUUCGUGUUGAGGAAUUAAAGGUGGAGGACAUGCUGAAAAGAAGUUUUGCUGAAUUCCAUGCUCAGAAGAAACUUCCCGAUCAACAACAACUACUAAUGCGAAAGCUUGCACAACCCGCAAAAACUAUUGAAUGUAUAAAAGGUGAACCAGCCAUUGAAGAAUACUAUGAGAUGUACUCCAAUGCUGAGCAAUAUGACAACCGGAUUUCUGAGGCAGUCAUGCAGUCCCCUGCUGCACAACAAUUUCUUGCUCGUGAAAGAGUGGUAGUUGUAAAAGCACAAUCGGGCCAGGACCACUUGCUUGGAGUUAUUGUGAAAGCACAGUCUACUAGUAAUAAACAACAGUACAUUGUUUUGGUGCUGAAACCUAAUUUACCAUCAAUGGUGCAAAGUCCCCUUGCCACUUCUAAUUUACAAGAUAAAAUAAGUGCUGAUUUCCCAGAAGGUUAUAUAUUGGUACGAAAAGGAAAACGUGACGAUGAAGAAGAGUAUUAUUCUUCUGUCAAGUCUCGCAAAGGAUCAGGGGCCAUCAACAUAAAGUUGCCUCACCAUGGUACCGCUGCUGGGGUGAGUUAUGAGGUUAGAGAAGUUGAUAGCAAAGAGUUUUUAUGCAUUUGCGAUUGCAAAAUAAAAGUUGACCAAGUUGGGCUUCUUGAAGAUGGUAGUAGUGGUGCUUACUCCAAGACGGUUCAACAGCUAUUGGGUCUGAAAAAAUCUGAUGGAAAUAAGUACCCUCCAGCCCUAGAUCCGAAAGCUCUGAAGUUGAAAGACGUGGAUCUUGUGGAGGCAUACCGCGAGUGGACUGUCCUAUUGAAGAAUAUGGCAAAGAAUAAGUGUCAUGGGUGUGUUAAAUUGGAAGAACAUAUUAAAUUAGUAAAAGAGAUAAAGAAGCACAGUGAGGAAGUCGAUGCUCUAAAAUUUCAAAUGUCAGAUGAAGCACUUCAACAGAUGCCAGACUUUCAGGGCCGGAUAGAUGUUCUGAAGGAAAUUGGUUGUAUAGAUGCUGACCUUGUAGUUCAAAUAAAAGGCCGUGUUGCUUGUGAGAUGAACUCGGGAGAGGAGUUGAUUUGCACCGAAUGUUUAUUUGAGAAUCAACUGGAUGACCUGGAACCAGAAGAAGCGGUGGCAUUAAUGUCUGCCUUUGUGUUCCAACAGAAGAAUACUUCUGAACCCUCUCUUACUCCCAAGCUGUCUCAGGCCAAAGAGAGAUUAUAUGACACAGCAAUAAGACUUGGGGAGCUCCAGCGCAAAGUACAGAUAAAUCCUGAAGAGUAUGCCAAAGACAAUCUUAAGUUUGGUCUCGUUGAAGUUGUUUAUGAAUGGGCAAAGGGCACUCCAUUUGCAGAUAUCUGCGAACUUACAGAUGUCCCUGAAGGUCUGAUUGUGCGCACCAUUGUAAGACUGGAUGAGACAUGUCGUGAAUUUAAAAAUGCCGCAGCUAUUAUGGGUAACUCUGCACUAUACAAGAAGAUGGAAACCGCUUCCAAUGCGAUAAAGCGCGACAUUGUUUUCGCGGCUAGCUUGUACGUCACUGGAGUGUAACCAUUUCAUCGAUCAAUGUGGAAGCAUGGAAAGGCAUCUGGAGAAGCAUAUAUGGAACUCAUGCAUGUACAUUAAUCAACGGCCUGCUCAAUGUGCUGAAAUUCACCAGAUUUGUUGAUUUUUUAGCCAUAUGAUUUGUAUAACUAUUCCCAAAUUGAUCUGUUUCUGAUAAACAGCGACAUUGAUGUGGAUAAAUUAUAGUAAAACGUAUACCCUACAAUUGGGAUCGCGGGAAAUUUCCUCUGCCUCUUUAAUUGGGCAGGGAAAUUUCCUCCGGUGAUUAAAUA